UCAAUAGAGUACGUCACGCGGCGCAAACGCCGCGGCCUUCCUCGUCUCCCGCCGCCGACGCAGCGCGGGCCGCUUCCGAGCCGCGCCGCUCACGUCGCCGGCGCCGCCCUCCCCGUCGGCCAGCCGUCCGCCUGCGUUCCUCCGCCGCCUCGCCUCCCCGUCGGCCGGCCAUCCGCCUGCGUUCCUCCGCCGCUCGUAUCACCGGUGCAUCGCGUUGCUCGUCGUCAACCUGUGAUGGAGGAAGCAGCCGUGAGCAAGGCUGCACGGAAAUCAUGCGGCAAAACACUGUGACUUAAUUGGAAGCUAAUCAAACAGUACUGAAUUACACUGGCAUUGCCAAAAAGGAAUCGUUCAUAGAAGGAUUCUAUGGUUGGAGGAAAAUAAGAUAGUGAACUGCUGGUUGCCUUGUACCACCAAGAUUUCAUAGAGGGCAAGCAGAACAGAGCGGCAUCCAAGGGCCAUUGCAUUGGAGCAACCAUGAACCGCAAAGGCAGUGACAGGCUAAGCAAGUUACCUGAUGAUAUUCUGCUUAACAUCCUUGACCGGCUCCAUGUCCGCGAUGCUGCAAGAACCAGUGUCCUCUCCAGACGGUGGAGGCAUCUCCCUUCUAUGCUUUCUCAAUUGGUUAUAGACUUUGUUCACUUCAUGCCUAAUGGUGCAUCCAUGUUAUCUGAUGAUGUGUUGGUCUGGACCAAUGCCGCUGUUGUUGAAGCAACGAAGAGCAUCUUGGAACGCAGGAAUCCAGAUGAAUAUACCAUCCACCUCUUGCGCAUGCUGUUCUACCUGAAUGAAGGUGACUGUAUCUCAAUUGGACAAACUGUUGGACAUGCCAUGACAACACAAAAGGUUGAGAUGGCCGAAUUCACAAUUAUAGUGGAGAAGCUACCCACCCGUUGCACUGAUGAUGAUUUGAUCGAUUACGGGAGACGAUUCAUGUCAUUUUUCGAUGCUUGCCCAACUGCAUUUGGUGGUCUCACACGCCUCAUAAUAGGGAAUCUAAGAUUUGGUGAAUCGGACAUCCACAACGUCCUCAAGACCUGUCAGAAUUUACAGUAUUUGCGUUUGUUCAACUGCGAUUCAGGAAAUUUGACCGUGCUGCAACUUGAACAUCCACAGCUCAAUGUGCUCAAUAUUGCCAGCUGCCGUUUUGAAAGCAUCAAGCUCAACUGCUUGCCGAAACUAGCACAAUUGAUGGUUGAGGGUUGGCUAUCUUUCCAAGAUCCCCUGACUUUUGGUUAUGUGCCCUCACUCGAGGCGGUACGGCUUGCAGGUGUUGGUCUUAAAAGGCACAAGUUGGUCAAGCUAAGUAAGAUCCUUGGAAAGAUCUCUGUAAGAGAUCUACGUUUGAAUUUUAAGAGUGAAAAGAUUUGGGUUCAACCAGAAUUACCACAAAAACUGGCAUCUGUUUUCUACAAAUUAAGGCUUGUGAAUCUGUUUCGUGUUCCUGAAGGAUGUGAUCUCACAUGGACAAUGUUCAUUCUCGAAGCAGCGCCUUUCCUGAAGGAGCUACGCAUGACGGUAUGGGAUCAUUGGUGUAACAUGGAAAAGGACGAGGAGAUGAGGGCGUCUUUGUACAGCUCGAACAAGAGUGUAGAGUGGGAAUCUUCUGCUGAGGAUUUCAAGCACCACAACCUGUCCGUUCUCACCAUCUUCUGCUUCCAAUCUGAAGACUUCUUGGUUGCGUUUAUCAAGCGUAUCAUGGAAGUGGCCGUGAAUCUGGAGGAUGUGUUCCUGUACAACAUGCUGUCGUGUGACACGUGUAAGGACAUCCGAAGGCCGUGUAAGUUCCCACGGACGAAGAGGCAGAUGUGUUCACUGAAGAAGAGGAUCAACGAGGGGAACUCGUUUGCCAAAUUUCACUUCUUGACCUCAGUAACGGCUGAUCAUGUUCCAAUAUCUGAGUACCCGUAGUAUUCUUCGGUUUAAGGGCGUGCUGUACUACCUCUUUCUUUUCCCGACAGAUAAGUUGUGAGAGAGCUGAUGGUGUUCUGCAUAUGUUCAGGCAGUUCGUUCCUUUGAUAUCUCUGUACUUAUUAGCAGGAGAAAAAUGACCUUUGUUAUAUAUAUCGUGCCUUUUGCAAUCCAUGAGUUGUGUUGUUCA